AUGGCUUUUUCUCACUCUUCCAGCUUAAAGACGCAUAUGCGAGCCCAUGCAGGAGUUUCUCAAGCUGAAGAAUCGAAUUUGGAAGUACCUACUGGAGAAAAUCUCUAUUCCUGCGAGUUCUGUUCAAAAACAUUUCGGUUUGAGAAAUAUUUGAAGAAUCAUAUGAGAAUUCAUACUGGGGAAGAACCAUAUGUGUGCAAACAUUGCUCUAAGACAUUCUCUUUUCGUACAAACCUGACAGUACAUAUGAGAGUUCAUACUGGUGAAAAACCCUAUGCAUGUGAAUACUGUUCGAAGACCUUUGCUCGAGCCGAAACAUUGAAGGCACAUUUAAGAGUCCAUACUGGAGAAAAACCCUACUCCUUAAAGACACAUAUGCGAGUCCAUGCAGGAGUUUCUCAAGCUGAAGAAUCGAAUUCAAAAGCAUAUACUGGAGAAAAUCUCUAUUCCUGCGAGUUCUGUUCAAAAACAUUUCCUUUUGAGAAAUAUUUAAAGAAUCAUAUGAGAAUUCAUACUGGCGAAAAACCAUAUGCGUGCAAACAUUGCUCUAAGACAUUCUCUUUUCGUACAAACCUGACAGCACAUAUGAGAGUUCAUACUGGUGAAAAACCCUUUGCAUGUGAAUACUGUUCGAAGACAUUUGCUCAAGCUGAAACAUUGAAGGCACAUUUAAGAGUCCAUACUGGAGAAAAACCGUUCUCCAAUAAUUUGGGCUGCAUGAGAUUUUUCAUUGUCAAGCAUGAUGUUGGUUGUGUAACUCUGCAUUGA